UCGGCUGCGGCCGAGGGGGCGGUGGCUACGAGCGGGGCGCGGAGCAGGCGGAAGAGGCGUCUGUGCCGGCGGCUAGGUCGCAGAGGAACAUCGUCGGGGGGUCCCUCUCAGCAACUAGAGGCCACCCUCAGGUCCUAACCACGUGACCUGCUCACAACCUGACAACUUACUUCUUCAGUGCCAGCAGAGGUAUCUCUCCAGUCGACUACAUUGAGUGACUAGUCCAUAUUCACAGAUCUGUGACUAUCAUCUGUUCUACAAGAUGAGUAACAGCCACCCUCUUCGCCCCUUUACUGCAGUGGGGGAAAUUGAUCAUGUGCACAUUUUGUCUGAACAUAUUGGUGCCUUGUUGAUUGGGGAAGAAUAUGGCGACGUCACAUUUGUUGUGGAAAAGAAACGUUUUCCUGCCCACAGGGUAAUUUUAGCAGCAAGGUGCCAAUAUUUUCGAGCAUUACUGUAUGGUGGAAUGCGAGAGUCUCAGCCUGAAGCCGAAAUCCCUCUCCAAGAUACCACUGCAGAAGCGUUCACAAUGCUACUUAAAUACAUCUACACUGGGCGGGCGACGCUGACAGAUGAGAAGGAGGAGGUGCUGCUGGACUUUUUGAGCCUGGCUCAUAAAUAUGGAUUUCCAGAGCUGGAGGAUUCUACCUCUGAGUAUCUCUGCACCAUACUUAACAUUCAGAAUGUCUGUAUGACUUUUGAUGUUGCCAGUCUCUACUCACUUCCCAAGUUAACUUGCAUGUGCUGCAUGUUUAUGGACAGAAAUGCUCAGGAGGUGCUUUCAAGUGAAGGCUUCCUCUCCCUUUCCAAGACAGCACUUUUAAACAUCGUAUUAAGAGAUUCAUUUGCAGCUCCUGAAAAAGAUAUUUUCCUAGCCUUAUUAAACUGGUGUAAGCACAAUUCAAAGGAGAAUCAUGCUGAAAUCAUGCAGGCUGUGCGUUUGCCUCUAAUGAGCCUCACUGAACUUCUGAAUGUUGUGAGGCCUUCAGGCCUGUUGUCUCCUGAUGCCAUUCUGGAUGCUAUUAAAGUUCGAUCAGAGAGCCGGGAUAUGGACCUCAAUUAUAGAGGCAUGCUCAUACCAGAAGAAAACAUUGCAACUAUGAAGUAUGGAGCCCAGGUGGUAAAAGGGGAGCUGAAGUCUGCCUUAUUAGAUGGUGACACUCAAAAUUAUGAUUUGGAUCAUGGAUUUUCUAGGCACCCAAUUGACGAUGACUGCCGUUCUGGCAUUGAGAUUAAGCUAGGUCAGCCGUCCAUUAUCAAUCAUAUACGGAUCCUCCUGUGGGACCGAGAUAGCCGGUCUUAUUCAUACUUCAUUGAAGUGUCAAUGGAUGAACUUGAUUGGAUCAGAGUGAUUGAUCAUUCACAAUAUCUGUGUCGUUCUUGGCAAAAGUUAUAUUUUCCAGCCCGUGUCUGCAGGUAUAUUCGAAUAGUUGGAACUCACAACACAGUGAACAAGAUUUUCCACAUUGUGGCUUUUGAAUGUAUGUUUACAAACAAAACCUUCACUCUGGAGAAGGGGCUGAUAGUUCCCAUGGAGAAUGUUGCAACAAUUGCCGAUUGUGCCAGUGUGAUUGAAGGAGUCAGUCGGAGCCGAAAUGCCUUGUUGAACGGGGACACCAAGAAUUAUGAUUGGGAUUCUGGCUACACAUGUCAUCAGCUAGGAAGUGGUGCAAUUGUGGUUCAGCUGGCACAGCCAUACAUGAUCGGGUCAAUACGGUUAUUACUGUGGGACUGUGAUGAUCGGAGCUAUAGCUACUACGUUGAGGUUUCCACCAACCAGCAGCAGUGGACCAUGGUAGCCGACAGAACCAAAGUCUCCUGCAAGUCCUGGCAGUCAGUAACUUUUGAAAGACAGCCGGCCUCCUUCAUCCGGAUCGUUGGGACACACAACACGGCAAAUGAGGUGUUCCACUGUGUCCACUUUGAGUGUCCUGAGCAGCAGAGCGGCCAGAAGGAGGAAAACAGCGACGAACCGGGGACAGGGGACAGCAGCUCGGCUAGUCAGCAUCUCGACCCCCAUGCCCUGCAGGCUGCCAGUGGCAACCCACUGCCCCCCAGCCCAGGUUCCAACUCGCGCUCAUCCAACCAGCAGCACCAAUAAAGGAGUCGCACAUGUGGAGUGACUCGGCUUUGAAUGGUUGAGCGUGGGGAAGGAGCUCCUCGACAAGGCGCCGAUGCAGCUCAUCAGGGCACCUGGUCUGACAAGGAAAAUCCUUUGAGGAAGUUCAACCAAAUACACAGUGAGCAAAUCAGUCCGUGGACACUGGAGUUAAUAAUCACUCGAAUUGCUGAGUUAUUAACCUGUCAUCCUGAAGCGUAUCCAGCCUUAGGAGGCUGACAAGGAAAUAGUGAUUAUGCCACCUGCCAAUUUAAUGUUCAGAAGUACAUGUAGAUAAAUGUGUACCAACAUCA